GCUCCUCCUCCUCAGUCUCCUCCGACGCCGCCGCCGCCCCCUCGGCAGGAGCGCCCUGCACGCGGCGGGCACGGAUGCCCAGGCUGCACGACCACCUGUGGAGCCGCCCGUGCGCCGGCGCCGCCCGGCACCUCCGCCGCGCGCCGCGCGCCGCCCGCCCGGGAGGCAUGAUCGCCGCGGCCCCGCGCGCGCCGGGCCCCGCGCCCGCCGGGCCGAGCGGCCGCGCCGGCGGCCGGCAUCGCCACCUGGUGCAGCGCGGCCUCGUGCUCUUCCUGGUCGGCGUGGUCCUGGCCCUGGUGCUCAACCUGCUGCAGGUCCAGAGGAACGUCACGCUCUUCCCGGACGAGGUGAUCGCCACCGCCUUCUCCUCCGCCUGGUGGGUGCCCCCGUGUUGCGGGACGGCCGCGGCGGUGGUCGGCUUGCUCUACCCCUGUAUGGACCGUCACCUCGGCGAGCCUCACAAGUUCAAGAGAGAGUGGGCCAGCGUCAUGCGCUGCAUCGCCGUCUUUGUGGGCAUUAACCACGCCAGCGCCAAACUGGACUUUGCCAAUAAUGUUCAGCUGUCCCUGACCCUGGCAGCGCUGUCCCUGGGCCUGUGGUGGACCUUCGACCGCUCACGGAGCGGCCUGGGCCUGGGCGUCACCAUCGCUGUCCUUGCCACGCUCAUCACCCAGUUUCUUGUGUACAGUGGCGUCUACCAGUACACGUCGCCAGAUUUUCUCUACAUUCGCUCGUGGCUUCCGUGCAUAUUUUUCUCAGGCGGCGUUACAGUGGGGAACAUAGGACGGCAGUUAGCGAUGGGUGUUCCGGAGAAGCCACACAGCGACUGAGCAGGGCCCGGCCGCUGGGCAGAUGCUCUGGACACCGGGCUGACCGCUAACGACUCCUGGAAGACGUCCACUUAGUCUGGCAUAGCCAGACAGAGAUAAGAACUCGUGACCUGAGGUCUCACCUGCCCUGCCCGCCCCGCCCCUGUGGGUGCCACGCAGGACAGCUGGGCACCGGCCCUGGGGGGCGGGGGCAGUUUCCCAAGUAUUCGAUUUCAUUCAUGCUAUUCAAAACAAGUUGCCAUAUUUCAAACCUUUGAACUAGAACUUGAACUCAGUUACCAACAGCAGUUUUAUGUCAGUGCCCAAAGGAGACAGGAUGAUGGUGCUUAACAGAGACCACGCGUGUGGAACGGAACUGUGUCUCCAGAAAAAUUUAACAUAGGGUUGUGUGGAAAUGGCAUCGCAGCAAGAGGAGAGAUGGGCGGGAGGCGUGGCGGUGCCUCCGGGCGCGCUGCCGGCAUUGCUGCGGCCCACGGUGGGCACCGCCUUCCUGCUGCCCGCCGGCCUCGUGCAGACAAUCGCCGGGAGACUGGACGUGGUGAUGCGUAGUGGCGCAACACUCUCACCCUUGUGAACGCCUGUGCGCGUCCGGUCUUGGGGCACCAACCCCUCCCCCCCGCCCCGCCCCUGCUGCCUUGUUGGCCCAGGCUGGCGGGGUGGCGUUUGCCCACAGCCCUAUGGGACCUGCAAUCUGUGAUUGCCUGUAAAAAGAAGAGCGCUUGCCACUGUGUCCCACGCGUGGCGUGCUCCGUGUCCAGUGGUGGUGGUGAGCACGGUGUAUUCGUUGAAUGGCAUAGACCAUAUUGGACCUGAUUUGCAAGUAUUGGGUCUUAAACUUCAAGUGCAAUGUCUAUGAAAACCAAUCUGAGCCUUGUAUUCUCUUAAAUAUUUAUUUUUUUUAAAUGCGUGAGGUGUUCAUUUCAGAGCCGCGCAGGGCGGGCUCCUUCCUGUGGGUCUCGCUGAGCCUGAGUCCUCCGGCGGACUCCUUUUAUGGGCUUAGUCAUUUUUACUUACAAAUGUACUUUUUUUGUACUUGGCAUUGUUUUGAAUUCUGCGGGAGUGACUCGCUGGGAAGGCAGGCGGCUGUGGGGGUGCAGCACCCCAACACCCACCCCUGCCAGCUGACGGCAGCUUCCCUUCCCCGGGACCCUUGUUCGAGUUUUGCAUAUUUUGUUUUGAGACGAUACCUUGAAAUAAUCUUGAGGUUUUCAAAACUAGUUUUUGUUUUUGUUUUAUAGAGGAAUUUUGUUUAAAAAGAAUAGAUCUUCUGAGUUUCAGAGUGACCCCUUAGAAACUUUCUGAACCUGAAAACAUGUUUUAGUGAGUGAUGUCAGCAGUUGAUGGCAUCAGCAGUCAGUAGAGCAAGGCAGCGAGCGAACCUCAAGGACGUACAUAGUGUUCUUGCCUCUUAGACUGGAAGUAUGAGUUAGAAAUAAUGUAGCCAAACAAGGUGAAUCUGAAGAAAUUGUUUGCCAAUAGUUCAUAGCAAAUACUGUGAACCAAAGUGAUUUAAAUUUUUAAAACUAUAAAAUCAUGGACAAAAGUUGCACUCUCCCAGCUCUGAACGGCUAGUGAGAUUCACAUUCACCCUAAGUUUCCGACAUUGUGUUCUUUCUGCAUUUUUUACUUUUAUUAAAGGUUCAAAACCAA